CCGACCUUCUUGUUCAUCAUGUCUGACGAGGAGCUCACCGUCGUCGCGUCCGCCGCUUUGCAGCAUCUGCUGAGCAAAGGCUCUGUCACUGCUCCAAUCUCUUCCAUUGACCUCCUUAUUCGCGUUAUCACCUACAAGCCACCUCAAAGUCUCAUCGUGAACAAGCCCAAGGCCCCCAGGUUCCGCCUCACCGACCUGACACGUUUCGAGGCAAUCUUGGAGUCACUUUCCCAUUCGUGGGACCAGGGAAGCAUCACAAUUACUAGGGAGAAUGGUGAAUUCAUCAUCCUCGACUUGAGGCUGGCGUCGUCUUCGUCAAACGUCGGAUCUACCCUCUCACAAAAACGCAAGCGGGUGAUAGACGAAGAGGCGGAUUCUGCGGCUGGCGAUGACGAGUCUGAGGAUUCCUCGGCUGAGGACGUAGUGAACCAGCCUUUCUCUGCACUCGCUAGUCUCAACAAGGAACAACGCCAGGUGCUAGCCAUCAUACAGAAGAGUACCGCCAAGGGACGUCUCCUGGCAGAGCAGUUCCGGUCUGUCGAGGAAAGUUUCGAGCCAAUAUGUCCCCACAUCACAAAAGACGACUGUGCCAAGGCUCGUCGAAACGAUCCGUCAAUACCCUUCAACCCAGAUGUCCCCGUCGGUAUCUGUGACCUCAUCCAUUUCCGACCUCUUAUUCGUCCUCACACCGACCCAUCUCUGGGACAUUGCUCAUACCUCAAUACAUGCUAUUCUGAGCCGACGUAUGCACAAUCACCGUCAAUACCGCCGUUUCCCGGUUCUCAGCACGGUUUCACGCCUGGAAUGCGCGGUCCGGCGUCUCUACCGUCGGGCCUUGGUGCUGGUGGAAGGGGGAAGGAAAAGGCCCCAUGCAGGUAUUUGCAUUACGAGGUUGACUGGGAUGCCACCGACGGCGACGGCUCCGACCAUAGAGAGAAGACCACAGUGAAGAAUACGCAUAAACUAGGAAUCGGGCUGGGACCUACCAGGAAGGUGGCGAAACUUACACCACCGCAAUGGAUUAACUGUGAUUUGCGCCGCUUCGACUACAGCGUGCUGGGAAAGUUCCAUGUGAUUAUGGCCGAUCCUCCUUGGGAUAUUCAUAUGAGCCUGCCUUAUGGGACAAUGACGGAUGAUGAGAUGCGAGCUAUGCCUAUACCGGCACUCCAAGACGAAGGUCUUCUGUUUUUGUGGGUGACGGGCCGUGCGAUGGAGGUGGGUAGAGAAUGUAUGCGAGUCUGGGGUUACACCCGUGUUGAUGAAGUAGUUUGGGUCAAAACCAACCAGUUACAACGCGUCAUUCGCACAGGACGAACAGGGCACUGGCUUAACCACACGAAGGAACACAUGCUCGUUGGUGUCAAGACCGUGACCGAUGAAAAUGGAGCUUUGAAAUUCCCAUCUUGGGUGAACCGUGGUUUGGACACCGACGUUAUCGUGUCCGAAGUGAGAGAGACGAGUAGGAAGCCUGAUGAAGCGUAUGGGAUUAUCGAGAGGAUGUGUCCUGGGGGAAGAAAGGUUGAAAUCUUUGGGAGGAAGCAUAAUACGCGUCCUGGAUGGCUGACACUAGGAAACCAGUUGGGACCUGAUCAGAUCUACGAGGAAGACCUUGCUGCUAGAAUAAAGGCAAAAUAUCCGGAUCGUCCUAUCAACAUUGUGACUUCUUGAACAUCGAAUUGUAGAUCAAAGAUAAUCUCUUCCUUGCCCGCCGCGGACUGUUCACAUAUCGUGCUAUUCUUGAUAUUAAGGACAUGAAAUAUACCUUUGAUCGAAGCACUUCAGCCUCUUCGGAUAGAUACAUCCACAAAGAGCCCACUUCUGAACUUCGUUCCUUGGAGCCAAUAAGGUCUCCCAUCCUCCUUUCGCCCAUACUUCCUCUCCUGAGCAACAUAAUUCAUAAACACCCGCAAUUUGAAUAGGC